UGAAAAGAAAGGAGUAGAGAUCAAAGGAAGACUUCCUAAAACACCUCUCAUUAAGUAGUGCUAAGCUUUCCCACAUGAAAUCUCCAUAUAAACCAUCUGAGAAACAUAAUUCAAGAGCUUCUCUCUUUCUCCUCACAAAAACAUGGAUUUAUUGAACUAUCAUCAAGACGAGGCCAACAAUCUUUGCUUUCUAUCUCCUACUAAUUUCAUUGAAUGGCUCAAGCCAUCUUCCUCUUCUUCAUCAUCAUCUUCUGUGACUCAACAGAUUCAGCUCACAAACCCCAUCACCAUGCUAAAACUUCCUCUCUUGUACCCACAACCACAGCGGCAAGAAUCUGUGAAAGAAACCAUCCAAUGCUUGCCUCUUCUAAGCAGACUCACAGAAGAGAAUAAAGGGUUGAAAGAAACUAGUACUGUUGGAGUUAAAGAAGAGAAGAUUACAGUUUCCUUGCACAUUGGAUUGCCUAAUAUCAGUGAAGAUUCUCAAGUUGAGACCAAAGUUUUUGACUUUAAUAAGGAAGAACAACAGCCCAUCAAGAAAAUCUUCCAUGGAAACUGCUCCUUCAACAAAGAGAAUAGGUUUUGGAUCCCAACUCCUACUCAGAUCCUUGUAGGGCCUAUGCAGUUUGAGUGCUCCAUAUGCAACAAGACCUUCAAUAGAUACAAUAACAUGCAGAUGCAUAUGUGGGGACAUGGAUCUGAAUUCAGAAGGGGACCAGACUCACUUAAAGGAACACAACCAGCAGCAAUGUUGAGGCUACCUUGCUAUUGCUGCGCAACAGGAUGCAAGAACAACAUCAACCAUCCAAGAGCUAAGCCAUUGAAAGAUUUCAGAACCCUUCAAACUCAUUACAAAAGAAAGCAUGGAGCCAAGCCAUUCAUGUGCAGAAAAUGUGGGAAAUCAUUUGCAGUCAAAGGAGAUUGGCGAACCCAUGAAAAGAACUGUGGAAAAUUAUGGUAUUGUCGCUGUGGUUCAGAUUUCAAGCACAAAAGAUCACUCAAAGAUCACAUUAGGUCUUUUGGUAAAGGUCACUCUCCUCAUCCUUCUCUUGAAGGUUUUCAAGAUGACAAAGAAUGCAUCACUACUGGCUCUGAAGAAGAUGAACAUCUUCACUAGAAAAAAGCCAAUAUGAUGGAUAUCGAGCUUUUCUUUUUUUUUUUCUUUCUUGUUAAUUAUGGCUGCGUAAGCUUGUGCUCAGUAGCAAAAAAUUCUCAAGAGAAUGCAUGAGAGGCAGAGAGGGAGCGGUUUGCUACGGAGCACUUGCUGCUGGGAGAUGAUGAUGAGCAGAUUACUAAUAAAGAAGACUGUGAGAUUACCUCCCCAGGUGGUGAUGAAGUCGAUGAAUUUUCUUCUGUGUGAUGUCUCCAGCAUUAAAUUUAAUAGAGAAAAUUUGUCAGCUUCAUUUCUAAUUAACUGGUAAUCUUUUUUUUAUAAUAAUAUACUCUGAUUUUGUUAAUUUGUUGUUGUAAUCAAAGAGUGCUUUUGUCAAUUUG